AUCCGAUAUGUCUUCCAUUCAAAAAGUUGCUGUUCUUGGGGCAUCAGGUAAUUUAGGCCAGAUCAUCGUCCCAGCUCUACUCAAAGCCGGCUUUGAUGUGACCGUCAUCUCCCGCCCCGGUGGACGCGGCUACACUCAAGCCAACAACGACAGCACCGACGCCAAAGCGAUCAAGGUAGGCGAAGCUGCAUACGAUGAUCUCCAGUCUCUCACUACUGCGCUACGUCAACAUGAUGCCCUCAUCGAAGUCUUCAACCCGGCGGCCACAACCAACGAUCAUAUUAUCAUGAGAGCUGCACUUGCAGCUGGAGUAAAGCAGCUCAUAACGAACGAGUUUGGCUUCGAUACCUUCCACCCCAACGCCGGUGGGCUACCUAUUUCUGCUUCUAAGAUUGAAGCGCAACGAGCGCUGGAAGAGGAACUGCUCAAGGCCGCUGCUGAUGGCAAGCCCGCGCCACUAGCUUGGACGGCGAUCAUCACCAACACUUGGUAUGACUUUGCAAUCAGGGCGGGCUUUUUCUGGCUCAACCCCACUGAGAGGACAAUAACACGCUUUGGGUCUGGCAAUCAGAGGGUGAGCAUUAGUCGAGCUGCGUUGAGCGGAGAGGCGGUGGUUGCGGUAUUGCACCAACCAGAGCGCUUCCGGAACAGACCAGUGUACGUGGCUAGCUACUCGGUCACAACGAAUGAGCUCAUUGCGCUUGCAAAGGAGAUCUCUGGUGAAUCAGACAGACUCUGGAAGGUAACCGAUGUCCCUGACUUGGUGAAUUUUAAGGAACAGGGGUUGGCUCUUUGGAACGAGGACAGCAAGGGCAGGAAGAGUGGCGUAGACUGGCGACACUCGCAAGCUUUCAUGAUGCUGUCUACUCUUCAGCUCUUCGAUGAGGAUAACCAAUUCGGAGCGGACUUUAGCGAUAAACUAGAGCCUGGUUGGGGCGAAAGCCGUGAGGAGUUCAAGGCCCACCUUCAACAACUGAUUGAGGCAGUCGGCAAAUAAGCAAGUAAUGUUCGAACACCUGAC